AUGUCAGUGUUCUUCGAUUCACCCCUGAGCGAAGAUGCCAUACCAGAAGGAGAGGCUGAACUGCUUCUAGCCAACAUCGGCAUCACCGAGGGCAUAUCGACACCAGAGUCAGGUGACUAUCGACAAUUGUUAGCAGCAGUCCAUGACGUUGCCGAACAUGUUCUUGCUUUGCCAGACUACACGGCUCGAGCAAAUAUCGAAAGAUAUCCGCGGAGGAACGUAGUGCGCCCUUCGUUUCAGGACCAGGACUAUGGUGCUGCCUGGGCACAUAAGUUCUCGAUCCAAGGUAACCAGGAAGGGACACUGUUGAAAGGCAAAACGGUGUGUCUCAAAGACAAUAUCACGGUUGCCGGCGUUCCGCAGUUUUUCGGUACUGAUGCUAUUCCAGCAUGGACUUCUGGUACAGAUGCUACUGUCGUCACACGUGCUCUGGAAGCGGGUGCGAACAUCGUAGGCACGACAAUAUGUGAGAACUUCUGUAACUCUACGUCCUCGUAUACCAGUGCACAGGGAACCGUGCAUAAUCCUUAUGCAGAGGGAUUCUCGGCCGGCGGCAGUACAUCCGGCGGUUCGGCAUUGGUUGGAGGGGGACUGGUUGACAUUGCAAUCGGUGCCGAUCAAGGUGGUAGCAUUCGGGUGCCAUCGUCAUUUUGUGGCUGCGUCGGACUAAAGCCAACACACGGACUCGUCCCUUACACUGGAAUCAGUUCUUCUGACGCUAUUAAUGAUCAUGCUGGCCCAAUAGCAAGGAAUGUGAGAGAUGUUGCCCUGUGUCUAGAUGCUAUCAGUGGUAGAGAUGAUUACGACGACCGGACACUCGGUGCUCCUCUUUGCGGCUCGACAACCUUUUUCAAAUCGCUACAAGUUUCUGUCGCCAAUUUCAAGAUAGGUCUCUUGGUUGAAGGAUUUGAACAUCGGCUGGUGGAUCCUGUGGUGAAGCAAACAGUCAUGGAUGCUGCUUACGCCUUCGAGAAACUCGGGGCUACGGUUCAGCAGGUUUCUCUUCCUCUGCACCUCGAAGGUCCCGCAAUCUGGACGAUACAGGCGAGGAUCGCUGGCACACUUGGCUUGAUGGGUUUUGCGCACGGCCGACGCGGACUUUUCUCCACCGAGUAUGAAGCUGCUCGCCAACCAUGGACCAGCGCAAGCUUCCAGAAGCUCUUCCCGUCAACCAAGAACACGAUAAUCAAUGGUCUUUCGCUUAUGAAGAACUAUCCAGGCCUUUAUGCUAAAACUAUGAACAUUGCUCAACAGAUUCGCGAUUCAUAUGAGAAGCUAUUUCAGGAAUACGAUAUCAUCGUUAUGCCUACCACGCCUUUCGUCGCACCUUCAAACAUAGAGUGGAAGGAAGGGGACUCGCCUAUGGCUGCCCUGAAGCCGAGUAUGGGUAUUACGACCAACACCGCGAUAUUCAAUGUCACGGGUCAUCCAGCAAUGUCACUUCCUGUCGGGUUCGCUUCAAGUCACGAAGAUGCUACUACAAGGCUCCCGGUGGGAAUGCAAAUUGUGGGGGGAUUGUGGCAAGAACAGAAGAUCUUGAAUGCAGCUCUGGCGUGGGAGGAAGCUAAUGACUGGAAGACGAUUGGUACUCGGGACGAUGUACAGAACUUUCCAUUCAAACUGUAA